AUGACAUCGGUUAUAGUUAUUGGUAUAAUUACUUGCUUAGUUAUUGGUAUUAGUACUUUAUUCGAAUAUUGCUUCUCAUUAUUUCGAAUAAUUUUCAAUAAAGUUAUAAUACCAACAGGUGCAGUUGAAAUCGAUUCAAAAGAACAUAUUUAUGCACAUCCUGAUUAUACAAAUGGUUUAUUAGAUUUAUCAUCAUUCGGUAUAAAAACAGUAUAUGAUGCUAUUUUACAUGGUAUUCAAUUGGGUGGUAAUCGACCACAUUUUUCAUUUCGACAAUCAUCCGAUCAACCAUAUAAAUCCUAUACUCAUAAACAAGUAUUUGAAAUAAUCAAAGAAAUUGGUAGUGGAAUAGUUAAUACUGGUCUUAAACCAGCAAAUGAAACAUUUUUUGGUAUUUAUGGAUCAUCAUCGAUGAAUUAUGCCUUAUGUCUUUAUUCAGCUUGGCCAUAUUCAAUGGUUCCCAUAGGUAUUUAUGAUUCACUUGGUCGAGACGGUGUUAAAUUUAUCAUAAGUCAAAGUGCAGUUGAAUUAAUAUUUGUUGAUGAUUUACAACGUAUUGAAAAUUUAAUUGAAUGGAAAGAUGAAAUCUUAACAUUGAAAACAAUUGUUUGUUUUAUUCAACCAACAGAUCAAUUAAUCAAAUUAGCUAAUGAAAAACAAUUAAAUCUGUUUACACUUGAACAAUUAAGAGAAAUGGGUCGAAAUAAUCCAAUUGAAUUAGUACCACCAAAACCAACUGAUACAGCAGUUAUUAUGUAUACAAGUGGAAGUACUGGAGAACCAAAAGGUUGUGUUGUUAGUCAUGAAAGUUUUAUGUGUGGAGUAUGUGCAGUGCUCUUCUCAUUGGAUAUAAUAAAUACUGAAGAUAUUCCUCGAGUUUUAAAUUAUAUGCCAUUAGCACAUGUAUUUGGUAGUGGAACAAUUAUUGGUAUAACUUAUUUAGGUGGAGAAAUUGGUUUUUGGCAAGGUAAAGUCGAUAAAUUAAUGGAUGAUUUUCAUGAUUUUCAACCGACACUUCUUGCAAUGGUUCCUCGUUUAUUAAAUCGAUUAUAUGACAAAGUUCGAUCAGAUUUAUUUAAAAAAGGUUUUCUUGGUCGUAUUUUAUUUCGAUCAUCAAUUUCAAAUAAAUUAUUAUUGAUUCAACGUGGAAAUUUUUCACAAAAUACCCUAUGGGAUAAAAUUAUUUUUAAUAAAAUUCGUCAAUCAUUUGGUGGAAAACUCAAUCGUAUUAUGUCAACAGGUGCACCACUUUCAUCUGAAGUUUGUCAAUUUUCACGUGCUGCAUUUUCAUGUUUUUUUAUUGAAUGUUAUGGACAAACAGAAUGUAUUAUUAUUUGUUCACAAACAAUAAAUGAUAUGCAAUCAGGUGAAACAGGUAUUCCAACACCCGUUACACAUCUGAAAUUAGUUGAUGUACCAGAAAAAGAAUAUUAUGCUAAAAAUGGUGUUGGUGAAGUUUGUAUAAGAAGUCAAACUUUAUUUAAAGGUUAUUUAAAAGAUGAAGAAAAAACUCGUGAAGCAAUUGAUAAAGAUGGAUGGUUACAUACAGGUGAUAUUGGUCGAUGGACAGCAUAUAAAACAAUGAAACUUAUUGAUCGAAAGAAAAAUAUGUAUAAGUUAAGUCAAGGUGAAUAUGUAGCACCAGAAAAAAUUGAAGAUAUUUAUGCACGUAGUCGAUUUAUUGCUCAAAUAUUUGUGUAUGGUGAUUCAUUUGAAAAUUUUCUUGUUGCUAUUAUUAUUUUGGAUGAUGAUUAUGUAAAACAAUGGGCAAUUGAUCAAGGAUAUGAUAUGCAAACAAUAAGAUCAUUGAAAUUGAAUGAGAAAUUAAAACAAGUUGUACUUGAUGAUAUGUUACAUGAAGGUAAAAGACAUGGUUUAAUGUCAUUUGAACAAGUUAAAGCAAUUGAAUUUAUUAACGAACCAUUUACAAUUGAAAAUGGAUUUUUAACACCAACAUUUAAAGCACGUCGAUAUGCUAUAGAAAAGAAAUAUAAACAACUUUUUCAAACAAUUUAUAAAAAUAUGAAACAGUGA